AUGCCGGGAGAAGUCAUCGAUCGGCCGAAUCCCAAGCCGGAACCAUCCCACAUCCCUGAUCUCGUCGAACAAUUGCAAGUCCAACUCCAGACAACUAAGCUAGAGGAAUCAGAUUACAAUGCUUUGCAGAAGUAUCGUCGUGCGGCGGCGUACAUCGCUGCUGCGAUGAUCUUCCUUCAGGAUAACGUGCUGCUGAAACGUGGAUUGAAGCAUGAGGACAUCAAGCCUCGACUCCUGGGUCACUGGGGUACAUGUCCCGGGUUGAUCCUGGUGUACUCACAUCUGAACUACCUGGUCCGGAAGCAGGAUCUGAAUAUGCUCUACGUGGUUGGACCAGGCCACGGCGCUCCGGCUCUGCUAGCCUCCCUCUGGCUGGAGGGCUCAUUGGGCAAAUUCUACCCCGAAUAUUCGCGCAACAUGGACGGUCUCCGUCAACUCAUUUCGACCUUCAGCACGAGUGCUGGACUUCCUAGCCAUAUCAAUGCAGAAACUCCCGGUGCGAUUCAUGAGGGUGGUGAACUGGGUUAUGCCCUGGCUGUCUCGUUCGGUGCGGUCAUGGAUAACCCGGAUCUUAUUGUCACCUGUGUGGUUGGCGAUGGAGAAGCGGAAACCGGUCCGACUGCCACCUCGUGGCAUGCCAUCAAGUACAUUGACCCCGCUGAGUCGGGCGCCGUCUUACCCAUCCUCCACGUCAACGGAUUCAAGAUUAGCGAGCGCACCAUCUUCGGGUGCAUGGACAACAAGGAACUCAUCACUCUUUUCACGGGCUACGGCUACCAAGUCCGCAUUGUUGAGAACCUGGAGGAUAUUGACACCGACCUUCACAACUCCAUGGCGUGGGCGGUUGAUGAGAUCCACAAGAUUCAGAAGGCUGCACGUUCGGGCAAGCCAAUCAUGAAGCCUCGUUGGCCAAUGCUUGUGCUGCGGACACCAAAGGGCUGGUCUGGACCCAAGGAGCUUCAUGGAACGUUCAUCGAAGGUUCAUUCCAUUCGCACCAGGUGCCUCUCCCCAACGCGAAGAAAGACGAGGAGGAGCUUGCUGCUCUGGAGAAGUGGCUUUCUGCUUAUGGUCCGAGCGAGCUGUUCACCGAAGGUGGUGAUAUCAUCGAUGAGAUCAAGUCCGUGAUCCCUGCAGACGACGAAAAGAAGCUGGGCCAGCGAGCCGAGGCCUACAAGGGGUACAUGGCACCGGAGCUCCCCGACUGGAAGGAGCUAGGCGUGGAAAAGGGCACCCAAGAAAGUGCUAUGAAGGCGAUUGGCAGAUUGAUCGACCAAGUGUUCACCAAGAACCCACACAGUGUCCGACUGUUCUCUCCGGAUGAGCUGGAAAGUAACAAGCUCGACGCUGCCCUGUCGCACACCGGAAGAAACUUUCAAUGGGAUCAGUUUUCAAACGCCAAAGGGGGUCGCGUCAUCGAGGUGCUGAGUGAACAUCUGUGCCAGGGCUUCAUGCAAGGUUACACCUUGACCGGCCGCACCGGUAUCUUCCCGUCCUACGAGAGUUUCCUGGGCAUCAUCCACACGAUGAUGGUGCAGUAUGCCAAGUUCAACAAGAUGGCUCAAGAGACGUCCUGGCACAGCCCUGUGAGCAGUCUCAAUUACAUCGAGACUAGCACUUGGGCCCGGCAGGAGCACAAUGGAUUUUCUCACCAGAACCCAUCCUUCAUUGGUGCAGUCCUCAAGCUGAAGCCCACGGCCGCCCGCGUGUACCUGCCGCCUGAUGCCAACACUUUCCUAUCCACGCUUCACCAUUGUCUCAAGUCCAAGAAUUACAUCAAUCUGAUGGUGGGCUCCAAGCAGCCGACUCCGGUGUACCUCAGCCCGGAGGAGGCAGAGAAUCACUGCAGAGCGGGGGCGUCGAUCUGGAAGUUCUGCAGCACUGAUGGGGGUCUGGACCCUGAUGUUGUGCUUGUCGGCAUCGGCGUCGAGGUGAUGUUUGAAGUCAUCGCUGCAGCGGCUAUCCUCCGCAAGCGUUGCCCCGAGCUCCGAGUCCGGGUUGUGAACGUGACGGACCUGUUGAUCCUUGAGAACCACGGGCAGCACCCGCAUGCUCUGACGACGGAAGCCUUCGACAGCCUGUUUGGAUCCGACCGACCCAUCCACAUCAACUACCACGGAUACCCGACUGAGCUGAAGGGGCUGCUCUUCGGCCGGCCUGGUCUGGACCGGGUCACCAUCGAAGGAUACAUGGAAGAAGGCAGUACCACAACUCCGUUCGACAUGAUGCUACUGAACCACGUUUCACGUUACCACGUGGCGCAGGCAGCUGUCAUCGGGGCCUCCAGACGAAACGAGAGAGUCCAGGUACGCCAGCAGGAGCUGUGUGCGGAGCUCGGCCACGAGAUUGCUGAAACGCGCAAGUACAUCCUCAAGAAUCGACAGGACCCCGAAGGUACCUAUGAGACGCCCUCCUUUGACUAA